AUGGCAUCGCAUGGCAGAGUCCACCGAGCGACGCAGGAGUUUCUCGACCUGUACAGCAGUGCGAAGAUACCCACAAAACAAGAGCUCGCCGCGAACCCCAUCACGCCCGAAGAAGUGCUUCGGCACAGGGACGUCAAUGACUGCUGGGUCAGCCACAAGGGAAUAGUUUAUAACCUCACGCCUUACCUUAGAUAUCACCCAGCCGGUAUUGCGCCCAUAGAGGAUUACUAUGGCUAUGACAUAACGGCAGUCACAGCGGCCGUGCACGGAUUUGUCCAGGUGGAGCAAAUAAUUGCCCCUUUGGCCGUAGGGGUUCUGAACGGAGACCCCUGUGUACCCCCUGAGAAGAAGCUGAAGGUGGAAACGGGUGUUCUACGGAGGCGGUACUAG